AGGGAGCCGAGCAGCCCUUCAUUUUGCUAGGGUAGCUCAUCAUUGUUUAGAAGACGGUCAUUCUUCUGUCCUGAAGGCAAACUGAAGCCCUCCUGUCUCAGCUGGAAGACCCUUUACACCACUGUUACAAAGUCUACCAGUCAUGAAACGAAUCCUUCUAUUUUUCAUCCUGGCUGCUGCUGUUAUGUAUGGUAUACUUCAUGGAAAUUUGUGGAGGAAUAACAUCUACUGGAUUAGCUUUUAUGGACAGACUUCUUCUGUGAAGGUUCCUUCUUCCUAUGAGGCUAGUGGAGUUACUCAGUUACCACCCACAGCUGUGGAAAGAAAGAAUGCACUGGACACGUGUCUUUUGAAACCAUCAUUUGAAUCUUUACUGGGUGUUGACAAAAUAUACCCGUUCCUGUGCGCUAAUGAUUUUAUCAAAGUGGCAGAGUUCCAUGGAAGUGAUAAGUUUGAACUACCUUAUGGAAUAAAGAGAGCAGAGCAAUUCUUUCGUUUAGCCCUUUCAAGACUGCAAAACUGUGGCCUGUCCAAUGAAGAUGACAGUGUUUCCUGUCGAAGGUGUGUUGUGGUUGGUAAUGGAGGAGUGCUUCGAAAUAAGACAUUAGGAGAGAAAAUUGACUCGUACGAUGUGAUAAUAAGAAUGAAUAAUGGUCCUGUUAUAGGGUACGAAGACGAUGUUGGGAGGAGGACAACUUUCCGCCUUUCUUAUCCAGAAUCCAUCUUCUCAGAUCCAGUCCACUAUGACCCUAAUACGACUGUUGUUCUCAUUGUCUUCAAACCACGAGAUUUAAAGUGGCUUUGGGAGAUACUAAGUGGUCAGAAAAUAAGUGCUAAAGGCUUUUGGAAGAAACCAGCUUUGAACAUGAUAUACAAAUCUAGUCAAAUCAGGAUACUUGAUCCCAGCAUCACCAGAAAAACAGCAUAUGAAUGGCUUCAUUUCCCAACAAGGUUUCCCAAAAAGGAGAAACCCAAACAUCCAACAACAGGUCUAAUUGCCAUUACACUAGCGUUUCACAUAUGCCAUGAAGUUCACCUGGCGGGCUUCAAGUACGACUUCACUGACAGAAACAGUUCUUUGCACUAUUAUGGCAAUGACACAAUGUCUCAGAUGAUGCAGAAUGAAUACCAUAACAUCGAUGCUGAACAGAAAUUUUUGAAGAAGCUUAUAGACAAGAACUUUGUGGUCAAUUUGACGUGAAAGCUGAACAAAAAAUAUGAAGAACAAUCACUACUUUCAAGAUUUCAACAAAUUUUAUUUUUUGUAUGAUAAUUUUAUUUUUUAAGCACAGUGUAACUGUUUACUGUUUAAAAGGAGCACAGAAACCUCACUAGGCAGAAACUCCUUGUAAGGCUGAGGAUAACAGGCUAUUGCAAACAGUUACCAGAAUUUCUGUGAAUCUAUUUAAUAAUGGGAAAAAACCAUGAAACUUUUUAGCUAAAAAUAUCAGGGAUGUAUGAAAAUGUGAUGUGCAUCAUUUAUUUAUCAGUAAGAACUUUUUCCAAAUGGUUACUGCUUUGGAAUAUCUUCCUUUCUGAUGUCGUCCUCCAAAAGAGUUACACUGUCCAAAGACUGAGAAGACUAACGUUUAAUUAGUAGAUGGAUGUAAAGUCUUGAAUCUCUUUCUGGUAGUGCAAAAGUGGCUUUAAAAGCGAUGACUAUAAGCUAUUACUGUAUGUUGGAGAGUAGGGGGAAAUGCAGAGCAUAUGAGUUUUAGUCUGCCCUGCUCCUGAGGAGAGGUCCUCCGUUGGUCAUCCAUCUUCAGCAAAGAAGUUGCAGCCUGAACUGGUCUUCCACUCCAAACUGCUGUCUGUGUCAGCCAGAGGUGAAGACCCCCUGUCUGACUUGUGGCAAUGUUGAUAUUGACAAUGCUCAUGUUGCACCAGCCUAUGGAAAAACGUACUCCCUCUCUUGUGUGUCCAAUAAAUUUUGUAAUUGUCAAGUUGAUUUAUAAAAUAGGGAAUAUGAAGACUGAAGAUUUAUCUUUAUAGCAUCUGUGGAGCCGUCACUUCCCCCAAACCACAACAGGAAUGUUAGCUGGAGCUGAGAAGUUCACACUUGAAUUUAAAUUAAGAGAUCACAUUUGUUGGAUUCCUAGAUCUCUGAGACAGGAUCCAGUGUAUCUUUCUGCUCUCUCCUCAAGAAUCAAGAUAUAUUUUUCCAAACCAGCACGAUCUCAUUUUUCAGAUGCUGUCAUGCAUUUCCAGCUUUGAAAUGCAUCAAUGUGAGCAAUGAACGUUCCCAUUUUUUUGCAGUAGUGUAUGCUAGGGAAUAUCUAAGAUGUACAACAGCAGAAUUACAGUUUGGCUACUGUUUACCUCUUCUCUGUCUUGACAUUUAGGUUUAAAAGAUGUGGCUGAACUAAAUCACUUAGCAGAGGCAAUUUUCUCAGGAUUUUAACUGAGAUAUUCAAUGGGACAGUUAAGUUUCUUGUAAAGAUUUGUCUCAGGCAAGCUCACUGAAUAUCUAUGUUUAAAUAAGCCUGGAAAUGUUCUUGACAGCUAUCAAAGAUGCAAUGAACAAGUAACAUGCUGUUCUAAUACUCUCAUAAGGUGUAUAUGUAUUUUUCUUUUUCAUUUUUUAUGUGGUGGGAUUGUUUGAAGAUCUUGUGGCUAUUUUGAUCAAUCAUCUAGAGAAAGCACAAAGUUGAAGAAAAAAUCUUUAAAGUUGGUAGUAUAACUUCUCUUUAUAAUAAAAUGAUAUAGAGAGCUUUAGCAUAUUUAGGAACAGUGUAAGCAAUUGAAAAACGUGUACAGCCUCUAGCAGGUCAGGAGCACAGUCCUAUGUCUUUCAGAAGCCAACAACUACAAGAGUGCUGAAUGCAACUUGCCUGCUGCAACAUUGCUGAGGAAUAAGCAUUGACAGGACCAAGGGGUCCUUUUACCUUUCCCUAUUUCUUUCUUGCAGAGUAUGACAGGCAUUUAGAAACUUCCUGUAGUUCUCUUCAUCUUCCUCUCUAGUUACUUGGCUCUGCUGUUUGGGAAUUACUGAGUGCAGUGUGACUUGGAGGGGGAGUUGCAGCUGAAGGAGAGGAGGCUUGUGCAAUCAUGUGAUGUUUUCACCUAGUGACUCCUGAACUUUGGCCAGUUUCAAGCAAAUUGGACAUAUUUGAAAUUAUGCCAAAUGUCAAAAAUUGUGGCAAGGGGUGGGUCCCCAGCAUGGGGCUGUGUCCUGAGUGCAGCAGCUCUGAGCGUCCUGGCAGCUGGGUGUGUGUCCCUUGAGCAUGACCAUGUGUCCCUUGGGCAUGGCUGCUGCUGCAUCAGGGUUGCUUCUCCUUGAGCAGGGGGAAGGCUGUGCAGGGAGUGUUAGGGGGCACCACAGCAGGUGACUGCAGUGGUGAAGUGGAGGAAACCAGAAUUUCUUCACAAGGUGACAGAAGGGCUCUGGUUCAGUUUUUCGUGUUUCCUCCCCCACUCCUUUCUUUAAACAUCCAUUUUCCUGUGGCUUUGAGGAGAUCUUUCCUUGCAAAUUUGAAUAUAAAUAGCUGUUUCUUCUGCAGAAAACAUACAUCACUGUCUUGAACUUUACCAGCCUUUAUUUCUGGUGAUUACAUCAGUUAUUUAAAAAGGUUCAGAUAUGAUUAUACAGGACCAGAAUUGCAGUGGUUUAGACAGCUAAUGAGUAAUUGCAUAUGACAAGAAUACCAAGGUAAGGUUUUCCCCAAAGGCCAUAGUGCUGGCAGAGCUGUCUUUACACAGAGGUCCCUGAUUGAUGUCCCACCAGGCCAAACAGAGGGCUCCAGCUUCCCUCUAGAAACACAUGGUCCCUUGCAGGGUUGAGUUCCCCAAUGCUCCCCAGUGCUGCAGAACUCACCGCUGCCUAUGGCUGCAUCAGAGGGUACAGCCGGUUCUGUGUAACGUCGCCCAUUAGGUUAACGGGGAGUUUUCGGUUUUGUUUUCUCUCUUAGAGAGCUCUUUAACUUGCCCUGUCCUCACAGCAACUGGUUCUCAGGAUGAUGGUUCCCUUCGUUUGUCAAUCUCAUGUCCUUUGCAGAAAGACAUGGGUAGCGAGCUGUACUCGUGAAGAUGUUCUUUAUUCCUCUGCUUUAUUUCUUCUCCAGAGAUGUUUUUUUUUUUUCCCAAUAAUCUAUUGAUUUAUUCUCCUGUUGUUUUCCUAGGGAAGUUUUCUGCGUUUUUAUUUGCUUGUGCUCUGUUAUAGUUAGAAUCUUCACAAAAUAAUCAAGCAAAAAGACGUUGUGACAAACAAGCUGUGCCUCCAAACUCUUUUGACUUAUGUUAGUCCUCUUUAUUCCUAUUUUCACUGCAUCAGAUUUUUUGGUUUGUAAGGGUUGGGGUUUCCAUUUUUGCUUUGUUUUGGGGGGAGGGGGGUGAUAUUUUUCCAGUGUCUUUAGGAUGCUAUCUACAAGCUUGUCUCUCUUGGCUACUCCUUUAUAUUUCUUAAGCUUGCUUAUUUUUGAUGGAGAUACCUAUAUAUCCCCCCUAUAUCUUCUGAUUCUAUUGCUGAGUCUGCACACUGAGGCCGGUGGAGCAGUGCAACAGUUGCACAGAGCAACUUUGAGUAACAUUUAGACAGACCUGUUCACCUGAGCCUGAGCCAAGAGUUGGUCAUAAACUGUAGGGUGUAGCAUCUUUUGAAAGUAUGGUUUACAGGCUAGUAGGUUUUUUAGCUAACAUUUAUUUUUUCCUCUGCAAGAUGUUUUGAUAGGCUUCUGUAAACACCAGUCCUGCUUCAUCAGCAUCCUCUGCUUCAUAUGGUCAUUUCUGCUAUUCUGCCAAGAGAACAGGUAUCAUUUUUACACUCACUCUGUAUAAGCAAGAAUAACUAACUAUAUAUACAAUAAUGUCUGCAGUUCAUGGUGUCUGUUUUACCUGAGCACACAUUUUCAAAGUCAUUUUACAAAACCAAAGAUUUACUUUGGGACUCUUAUUGAAAAAGCAAUAAUGCUAAUUCCAAAUACACUGGUCUUUUCUGAGAGUUAGUUGCUUUUAAAAGACUUUCUCUUUUUCCAUUUUCACAGUCCUGAAGGUAAAGUCUCUGCACUGAAACUUGCCUUUAAAAGCUGCUCAUUGUUUUGAUCACAACUUCAGUAGUGAAGCUGUCGAAUUCUGUAUUCCAGGAUACUGUGAGCUUUGUUUCCAUGUCUGGUAACGGCCAACUAUGUUAGGUGCCAGGCAGCUCCUAUGGAUCUUCUGUAUCAGCUGUGAAACCAAAUGGACUCGUUCCUUCUUCCUCUUUUCCUGUUCUCCAGUAGUCUGCUAAAUAUCACGUCAGUAGCGUCUUAGAGAGAUGCUCCUGUAUUUUAUCUGCCACUCUCUCCUUCCCAAAACACUGCACCGUCACAAAGACCCAGCUCUAAGUUAGAAAAUUUACACUUAAAAUCAGCAGGAGAAUGUGUAUCGACUAAAAGUUCUGAUGAUCCAGACUUUAGGGUAUUUUCCUUUCUUUUGCUGUCCGGAAAGUAUUUUAUUUCCUCCGCUAUGAUAAUUAAGGGAAGUGCUGAGGUAAGAAAGAGGGCCACAAGUUGUUGCACUAAAUGUGAAUCUUAGAGUACCUAAAAGAUCUCAUUAAAUCACAUUUCCAGUGACUCUGUAUUGAUGCUAAUAUGGGAUCACAGCUUUGGUGUUUAAUAACCAGUGCAUGGUACUUCUUGUUUCCUACGCUGUUUUUCUUUUAAAAAAGCCCUCAGAGGUAGUAUAAUUAUCUUAACUUUGAAGUAAAAUCUGAUUUUAAGAACACAUGAGGCUCAACAUCUGUUUUCAGUAAAAGUAAACACUUUAUUUGCCAUUUGUCUUAAGUUUUAUAUGCCUUUAAAGUGCCAACUGUAUUUUGAAGACAUUCUUAAAAGUUGUUUUGAGUGAAACUUCGAAUGUUACAGAUGGAAAGAGAUUAUUUUCCUUUGAAUAAAUUGUCGUAAAGAU